AAAGGAGUUGGUGCUCGUGGGAAACGAAGAUAAUGGUGCGGUCGUAGUUGGUGGUGGUAGUGUCAUCGAGUGGACCACGACAACAGUCGCCGGGCCGAUGUCAUCGUCGCGGUCCGCGUUCUCCGGAGACGAUGUGCAGGUGGCCGAGCGUGUAAGGGUGCGCGCGAGUUCUGAGCGAAGCUCAUCCACAAAGGGCGAGCAAGACGACGAGGAGCAGAUUAAGGUCACCAUCGCGCGCGACAACGAAGAUUCGUUUGCAUCGUCGACGACGACGACGACAACGACAACGACAACGACGACGACGACGACGACGACGCAGCAUCCACCACUGACUCAAGACACCUCUAUGGAAGCACUGGGUGCGAGCGGCUACAUCGUCUCGGCGGCGCUCGUGCUGAUAGUCGGAGCACUGGUGGGUGUCCUGGCGACGAUAUCGCGUCAUCUUCAUCAUCGUCGGCUGUUGGUGCAUGAGCCGGUUCCUCCCGGCUCUGCUUCCUCUUCUGCCUCGAUUCUCCAUCAUCAUCGGCAUCACCAUCAUCGUCAUCGUCAUCGUCGUGAGGAGCCACCGCCGCCGCCGUUACAGCGCUGUCUUCUACUACAAGAUCAUUAUCGUUAUCCUGACACACCCAUGCUGUCGGUGAGCCAAGGAAUGGAGGUCGGCAGCAGCGGACGCGGUGCAUCGGCGGAAGAUGACCCGACCGCCGGUGCGGUCGGCAGUGGAGUCGGCGGCGGCGGUGGCGAUGGCGACGAUACCAGAAGACGUCGAGAUAUACAGGCGGUGAUGAUCGCCGCGGCGAGGGAUCGCGCGAUCCGCGCGGAGAGCGUCCGGCAUGAUCUCGCCCUCAAUCUGCCGCCGCGACUCGAGCUCCCGGACGGCGAGGAGCAUCCGUACGGGGCGCACCCAGAUCUUCACCUUCGCAACCCGGAACAGGAGAGCGAGAUUUAUCAGAAGUGCGUGCGGGCGCCGCCGAAUCGCACGGUGUUCGAUAGCGAGAGUCCGCCGCCUUAUCGGACGCCAAGUAGCAGCCAGCAUCUCCACCCGGGACUGCUCGACAUGCCCGGCGACCGGGUGACGCGGAGUCAGAGCCCCAGCAGCAGCAAUUUGUUGUUAAAUACCGCACGCUCCAUGUUCAAGAUGUUCCCGAGCCAUACGACGCCAUCGUCGACGUCGAUGCCGGUCAACAAACCGCCCUUUUCCAGUUAUUCCGAGUCCAGUAGUAAUGUGAGCAGUAAUCUGAGCAGUAGCAAUCUGUCCAACAUCACCGUGGUGCCCUGCGAAACCGACGAAAGCCGGCAAGAGCAACAGCAGCAGCAGCAGCAGCAACAGCAACAGCAACCCCAGCAGCAGCAAUUCCAUCAGAAGGUCUGAUCCGCGGCGUCCUCCUUCCUUGACGCCGUUGUCGUCAUUGUCGCAGCCGCAUCGUCCGACCUCGAGAACGAACGAUGGUUCUCAAGAUUGUUCUGCGCGACUGCAACGACAAUGACGACGCCCUUCAAGACUGACUCACGGGAGAGGCUUCAACAUAGGAUAAAUUCCAUCGAUCAUGUUCCAUCGUGUUCAACAACGUGUAUUGCAUACACGCGAGAGAAUAUAAUAUCCUCCCGGCCGAUGGUAUCCUCGUUGAAUCAUUCUUCCGACGUUCUUCUAUAAUGAGAGAAAGCGAGAGAGAAUGUGUGUGUGAGAGAGAGAAAGAGAGGGUCGCCGUUCGUGGCCUAAAGGAGGGCCGGCGGAAGUGUGAGAGAAGCCGGCUCCUGUAAUGACUGAAAAGUCAAAUCAAUCAUCAAGACUGCGCUCAAUCGCCGUGCGUUGGUUCGCGCCUGUCCUCUUUUUUUUUUCGACCGGGAGAAUCGAUGCGCCGUCGCCGCCGCCGUUGUUGACGUGUCCCAUUGUGCAAUUCCACACGCGGCCAGUGUCUAGCCUAGAUCUCAGAUUAUUUCGAAGCGGUAAGCACGAGGAUUUACGAUGUUGCGUCGGACGUCGAAGAGGAUGGAAGGGGAGGAAGAAUGGACGGGGCGAUCGAAGCCCGGAAAGCGUGGAAAAGUGGCGUUACCAACGCGCGACGCGAAGCGAUGGCCUACCCUGGAACGAGGGGCUCCCCGGUCCGGGAAUUGGACGGCGAGAAGUUUCGCUUCGAGGUGAAACGGGGUGCGAGGUUCGCGACUACUCGCGCGAUACCGAUUCGGCAAAAAUCGGAGCGGAUCCGCCGGUCACCCUCUUCCAGCUCUCGAUCGGGAGGCUCGAUCGUCGAAUCAUCGCGGAAGUUUGUUCAUCGCGACGAAGACUUAGUAAAUUAUUUAUUGUCGAUAUAACAUUUUAUUCGCGACGAGCGGCUGCUGCGCGACGGCCGGACGGGGCAAGUGCGGUUACACGCGAUGGUGGUUGUGAAGAACAGGAAAAAAAAAAGGAAAAAAAAACGGACGAACGGGACACGAGUUGUAUGAGCGAAUUCGUUCGGUUGCGUGAGUGCGAGACCAGGCGUGCGUACGAGUAAAUGCAAGCGCGCGUGUGCGGAACGAGUAGAACGAAAGACGCGCAAGAGGCGCGGCUAAUUGCAGGGUCGAGAGGGAAAAAAAGGGAAAGAAAAAAAAAGACAGCGAGAGGAGAGGGAGAGAGAGAGAGAGAGCGGGAUCCGCGCGCGCGCUCGCGCGUGUUUGUGUAUGCGUGUGAGGAGUUGUGUAGGGGGAUAAUGUAGUGCCAAGAGUGAAAACGGGAACUCUGUACAUAUUAGACUAGGUAGUUCAAUAUCAAUAUACUUAUUACGACUAAAAAAAAAUGAUAUGCUACAUACCGAUUUAAAAGUAAAACAUCAAACAUACGUUACAAACACGCAUACCAUUAAAAAAACACGAGAUGGCCGGCCGUACGAAACUAUAAUGGGACGCGCACACACAUACACACCUCCGAUAUGCAAAUGUAUAUUCUUCUGGCAAAGUCAAAGUGUUGAAUAUGUUCUACCUCGAAUGCUACAUAUGUGCACUUGAUGCAAUCAGUAACAUUGAAUCUUUUCCGGUAUAGAGAUUAGAAAUAAUUAUAAGGGAAAUUCGUCGAUCUCUUAUUUUAAAGAUUAUGUGUUCGUAAUCAUUAGAUGUUCAAUCGUAAUCAUUAUAAGUAGUAAAAUCGAUGUACUGAUAAUUUAUUCAAAUGAAAAGUAAAAAGAGAGAACAAAUGGUCGUCUGUUACAUCGAUGCGUAAUUUUUAGAGUAAUUUUUAAGUGAGAUUUUCGAAAUUUCUUGCAACUCAAGUAGCUGGGACGGAAAGGAUUAAUGAUUCCCCUAAUCAGCAUUGCAUUAACUAUCGCAUAAGUUCUUUCUCUUUAGAUUAGAUUUAUGUCGUAAUAUACAGGGAGGAAAACACAAAUGCAACUGUUCGUCACGGUUACAUUGAUACUUCUGGUUAACUAACUCUUGCUUUUUAGCAAUUGCCCAUCUCUUAUUAAGUUAACUAUUCGUGUAACUACAACAGAGAAAGAGAAAAGAAGGAAAAUUUAGUUCAUCAACGCCAUAUUGAGUUAAAUCCAAUCGACGUUAAUACAACCGGUAAUUAACGAUCGACCAUAGUGCAUUCGUGCAUCGAGGAAGAAUCGAAUGAUCGUUAUUUGUUCGAUAAACAUUUGUUUUGCAGACAGAGUACGUUUGUAAUGGCGGCGUGCAUACAAGAGUACAUUUGCAAUGCAAAUCUAUGAGAAUGCGCAUCCCUUUCGCGUUCCGCAUGGCUCGCCCCUGUGUCCGACAUAACGCUAUCUUUAUUAUUAUUCAAAUAGAUAAGGCCUCAGUUUUGACAAAAUAGGACGAGUUCUGCUCGAACGAGGAUUCGAAUUCGCUAAUGCGUUUUUAACAAAUAAUUACAUUUCAGUAUAAUUUAUUCUCAAAAAUCGAUAGAAUAAAUAUCAAACUUUAACGAAUAUGUUAAAUAUCCUGCCUAAAUAGCCAUUACACGGCCCAUAGUUUUGCAAAUCAUUAAACCAUCACGUAAUUUUUAUUGGAAUUACUGUUAAAAUAUUUCUAGUAUUGUCUCUCGUAAAAGUAUAGAGGUUUAAUUAAAAUUUUAAGAUCAAAAUAUCGGCUAUGUGUAAUGCUUGUGCGGAAACGCCUUGUCGACUUUGAAUCUCAGUUUUGAGACAGAGCGAAUCACUCGAUUAUUUCAUGAGAAGUCACCAAUUAUUAUUGUAUUUCUUAAGGGUCCGCGACGCAGGGAGAAAUUGCAAUGAAAUUAUACCGAUACGUUUCCCUUUGUGAUUACGGAUCGUGCGUGGCGUACGAGGAAUGCGCGAGACAGGAAGGCAGGUGGCACGCGUAGAGCGGAAUAAUCUCUCGUGUGCACUUCGUUGGCGUUAAUUUCGCGAGCUUCCGCUUCGUUUCCCGAGAAAAUGGCCGGGUUGGCGCCCUUAGAUAACUGUUCGGAAUUCCGUUAAAAGUGCACGAAACUCUCAUUUUUUAUACCACCGCCCGUGCGUAUCCGCGACGCGAUUUCGUCACAAAUCGCUCGACACAGCAAGAUUCAGCAUUCGACGUGCGUGAAAGUGUAAUGUCAUCUUGACGGCGAGGUCCUAAUCAUCGUUAACGAAAUUCUUCCCAAGAGGAAAAUUGUAAAAUUUUAAUCUUUGUGUGUGAAAGUGUCCGGGCAUAUUACGCCCCGCACGGCGACGGUUGUUUCGUUUCAUGUUCAUUAAAAAUGUCGCUGUGUGGCGAGAGUCGAGGGAGAAAAUAUCGUCUUUCUGUUUCACCUUUGAGAUGUGUUCACGCGCAUGCAAUAUUAGGCGGCGAGGUUUAAUUGUAUUCUAUGUAAAAAAAAAAUUAGCGCGUGUACGGAGCGAAGCGAUCGAGAAGGAAUAUUGGCAAAGAUGUUUCUUUUUUUUUUCUUCUUUUCGAAUUCUCACUUCUAUAUUGCCCUUUCAUUCGCUUUCACCUUCUUCGCUGAUUACAAUCUCAUUGUCUCGUGCGCGCGUUUCUCUUCCGUAUGCAAAAGGAAGGAUAUAAUUUGUAUGUACAUGCGUAUUGGGAAAGCGGAUGGAUUGUGACGAGCGGAGAAAACGAAAUGCGGACGAGAGCGCAGAACAGAAGUGAAUUCGAGAAAAGGAAGUGCUGUAUAAUUCGAUGGGUCCUGUGCAAGUUUUUGGUUAAAUUUGCGACGUCGUCGACUUAGAUUGAAUUGUAAAAAAAAAACACGACGGCGCGCGAGCGCGAGAUAUUUUAGACGAUAAGUUCUAGGCGAAGUGAAAUUUUUAGCAAGCUAUUGUCGAUUACUAUUAUCGCUAUCAGACAUCGUGAUAUAUCUAGCAAUUUGUUAAUUGGGAUUUGAUGAGAGGUGCGAGACGUAUGAAUAUAAUCGUGGCCUUUCGACACGAGAGAGAGAGAGAUAGAGAGAGAGAGAGGAGAGAGAGAGAGUAACGAAAGCGAUCCUGUUGAAAAUAUCCUUUUGCCCGUCCGAAUUCACGGUUCAACCUUCGAGAUUGCUAUUUUAAGCGAUUUGAAAAUCGGAAUUACAUAUUACUUUGUAUAUACUAAUCAUUUUGCAAAACUGCUCAACUCACAAAAUUAUCAAUCAAACGCUUUAGACGCUCGAAAGGAAAAGAAAUAGUGAUAUUUAAUUAGUUUCAAUCAUCAUGUUAUCGAGAAUUGAGCGAAUUUGAUAAAUGACUGAUUAUCAAAUGCCGCACUUCGAGCAAAUAAGAUUCCAUUCUCAGCAAUCUCAUCAUCACGCGAGGCGCUGGCUUGAUCGUGGCAUCGUCUGCGAUUAGUAGCAGCGCGCAACGUCAGCAGACUCCGCGGCGGAAUCGAAACCGUAAUGUUUCAAAGUCCAUCGCUAAAUACGAGCGAGGAAGCAAUGAGAUAACGGAAAUGUGGCGGAAGCGGAGACUAAAGGUCAAUUAGAGCCGUAAGACUCCGGCUACAAGAGAGCAAAAUUGAAGACACAUCCGAUCUUUUACCUAUUCACAGUGGAGAAAUAACGUAUCAUGAGUGAUGGGAUUGAAUUACUUUUUUCAACUCUUUUUAUCACCAUAUUUUCAAUUGCCAAGAGUCUCCGCUUCGCGUUUUCAAUUUCGUCUUGAUUUUCCAUCGUUACGGACGGGCUUUCGAAGCGAGACGGUUGACCGAACGAUCUGCAGCUCUCGCACGAUCAAAAUCCAGCCGCGAGAUCAAGCCGGCGACUGCCGAUUAAUCUAGUCACGUUGAGCCAUGCGUCCGGCUGGGGAAACGAUCGCGGCCGCUGAUCCACCGAUUCGGAUAAUACAGCCGAUACCGUCGUCCUCGUCGACGAAUUUAGCGGCGGAAAGGAUAAGACACACACACACUCUUUCUCUCUCUCUCUCUCUCUCUCUCUUUCUUAGGCGCAAUGUGAUUUCCCAAGGUGUUCCAAAAUAAUUCGCGUCCUCCCUCCGGCGAAAUUGCGACGCGGAGCGGAGCGGUUGCAAGCGGGGUUCAAAAGUGGGGAUUCCCCCUUUUAAAGGCUUUCGUUUCUAAGCUGUAAUUAUAAUUGUACUGUUGAUAAGAUCGGUAUGUCUAGUCCCUCGCGGUGGAAGGGAGGUCGAGAGAGCUUCGCCAUUGUCCCUCUCGCGAAAUCCACCCCUGUAAGUCUUUCGACCAAUCGAGCCUAAUUUUUUUUUCCCUUAUCUCUUCCUCCCAUUAUGUCACCCUUGGCGUGGAUCUGUCUGAUCGAAUUGACUCGCGAGUUUGCAUUGUCGUCAAUCGGUCUGCAAAGAUUCCACGUGAAUCUUGAAUCAUUUCGUUACUUCCAGUUCUCUUUUGGUUUGCUUUAAUACGUUUUAAUUGAAAAUUAUUGGAAAAUUCGCGCGUUGUAUGAUACCGAAAUGGAUCGAAGAACUUCGAAAACGUGGACCGAUUGAUGGAUGCAAAAUUGCGAAUCGAAUUAAACAAAUGAAAUCACUAGGGAUGAUGUCUCGCCGUUGUUCGUAGGUACGUUGCGUCCUGCAGUCAGCCCUCCUACUGUUGCGUGCUAAUAAGGGAAGAUUCGUAACAUGAAACUCCUCUUUAUAACCGUUUUAUUCUCGCAAAAAAAAACGAAGGGAAUUAAUGAGUCAUGUUACGAGCUCGCCUUAUCGGUUCAAAAGUGUUAUCCGAGAGACAGAGAGAAUGAGAGAGAAAGAGAGAGAGAGAGAGAGAGAUAAGUGCGUUGCAGAGGAGCGUGACAAAGGCAGAAAUCACUGAACUUUGUACAUAUUGGAAUAUACGCUUUCUCAUAUUUCUUACAUGUCGGGAAAAAGCGUUCAAAGGGAUAGCUUUGUCUUUUAACUGCAUAGGCGUUAAAAGAUUUGUCUCGAAAAUUCAGUGUUCAUUAUGUAGUUAAGUAUAUAUUUUUUCUUUUAUAUAAAAUAGAUCUUUAUAUGUAAAAUAUAUAUAUGUAUGUGGCGCAUAUACAUACAUACACAGUACACACACGUACACAAAUACACACACACAUAUAUAUAAAGGUCUACUUUAAAAGGUUUACGUGUAUACAUAUAUUAGAUCGCACUGAGAGAGACAAUGCUACUUUGAAACGAUCUUUUUCUCGACUGACAUUUUGAACGUCAAUGCGCGUUCCGGCGUGUACAGAGUUCCGUGGCAGAAAUAAAAGACAGAACUUGUCGCGUCAUUCGACAAGUUCAAACAGCAAAAAAAUUGUUCAACCGUGGCAAUGCGCGAGAGCGGGCGAGAGAAAGAGAGAGAGAGAGAGCGACAGAGAGAAAGAGAUAGCGGAAAUCAGGACUCCUUUUUUUUUUUAACGUAAUCAAUCGAUGUCGUAGGAACAGUGUUAAAGUAGUAGAUCGCUUCUACCGAGAGUAACACGAAAAAAAAAUCAAGAUGCAAAGUUAAAAAGAAAAAUCUCAUCUCGAAGUAAAAAAAAAAACAGUUCGCGCGGCUCGUCGCGAGAAGCAAUGGGAAGGAGAACGGAAAGAGAAGGAAAAAGGAAGAGAUCGCGCGAGUUCGUGCCGCACUCGGAGAGAGGCGCGUCGCGCUUGCGAAAUUACACAUUUCGAAUGCGAGUCACGUUCGUUCGAGCGCGCCAUGGCGGGGCGAAAGAGAGAGAGAGAGAGAGAGAGAGAGAGAGAUAGAGCGCGUGAGAGAAAAAGAGCGAGAGAGAGAAUGAGAGAUAUGAAAGGGAGUUCUUUUUAUACACUAUAGAGAGUCGUACCACAACUAUCACAUAGGGAAAGAAGAAAAAGACAUGUUCGUUGUUCACUGCUCUGGCUUGCUAGGAAAAAAAAAGAAAAAGCAAACAAUGUAACACACGACGGGGCCGGCGGGAGGGGAGACUGCUCGAAUCGCGAUUGAGGCGCUUGAUAAAGACCGAAAGCCCGCGGGCAGCCCUUCCCGUCCCUGCCUCCAAUAUAAAUCGGCAACACUUCGACAUUGCAAGAUUAUUGGUGUACUUAUCACGCAGUUUUCUACAAAAUAAAGAAAACGGUUUUGACAAAAAAAA